AUGGAUGGUGUGAUGCUUGAAGUUCUUAGGGAGCAAAAGAGUAAGAGUCAAAAGGAAGAUAGAGCUUUUUCUGCUGAAGCAUAUAGGAAGAUGGUAGAGGAAAUUAAUGAUAAAUUUUCUUUGAACAUCAACAAAACCAAAGUGAUGAAUCGUCUCAAAACUCUUAAAGAACAAAUGGUGCUAUCAAAAGAAAUUGAGUUGAAAAGUGGAAUAGGAUGGAAUGAUUCUUCUAAAACAUUUGAGGCUCCUCUAGAGGCGUGGAAAUCUCUGAUAAAGGCCAAUCCAAAAGAGAUAUAUGAGAAAGAUGUAGCAACUGGAGCUCAAGCUGAGAGUGCUAGAGAAAAAGUACAAAGAUGGGAAAGUGAGGAGACUCAUAUUAGUAUUGAUGAAAUUGAUGAGAUGCAAGCAAACAACCAGGUUUAUUUGGAUAAGUUUUCUACCUUUGAUUUUGAAAGUAUGCCAUCAACACCGGGAUCACAAUUUGGAACAUCAAAUCCUUUUGUACCUAAUGCUUCAUUUGCGAAAGGUAAAAAAAGAAAAGCACCAAUGACAAAUGAGUACUCAUCCCAAUUAAAUGAGGUGUCUUCGGCAAUGAAAGAUAUUGCACAAGCUAUUUUAAAUACAAACACUCAAGUUUGGAAGCCUGCAGAAUAUAUGAAGCAGUAG